CCCGGCGGGCGCCGCUCGUGCUCACCGCACUCCUCUGGUUCGGCGGUGCUCUCACCGGCGCUCUCACCAGCGCACAAGAUGCAGCAAUGUUCCAAGGGCUUCAGAAAGAAGAGAGAAGCAUAGACAGCCUCAUCUCUCAGAUUCUCCAGCUUCAACAAGCGCAGCCGGUCGGUCACCAGCUCACCCUGAUUGGUCCGGAGGCCACCUCGGCUCGUGCAGCACAACAGUCCGACAGUCCCAAACCAGGGGAUGCUGCAACACAGUCGCCCGCCUCUCAGCGACGAGGAGGCGCAAACACCGUGCUGGGCCCCAGUCCCAACGCUGGGAACCCAGGUCGAGAGGAGGCCAUGAUGAAGAGAGCCCCGCCUGACAGCACUGCAGCAGAGGCGCCUCAAGCUGAGGCACAUACAGGCACUGACCCCAGCAAGGACAACAUGUCCGACAUCUACUUCAUCUUAACCGUCGUUGGCGUGUGCACCUCGGUGGUUUGUAUGACCAUUCUGGGAGGACUUUGCUACCGCUACAUGCAGCGGGGUCGGAGCCGGGCCUCCUCGGAGGGAGACGGGCCCUCGUACGGGGUCACCGGCCCCCACCAUGACGUCAGCCCCUCCGGCGACCGCAAGCUGGCCCAGUCCGCCCAGCUCUACCACUACCAGCACCAGAAGCAGCAGAUGAUGGCCAUUGAAGAGGGGCGUGCGAUGGGCAGUCGCCAAGGCUCGCCGUCGGAUGAGGACUCGGACGACGAGCAGGAGCACACCGUGUACGAAUGUCCUGGACUAGCACCGAGUGGAGAGAUGGAGGUGAAGAAUCCUCUGUUCAGCGAGGACCAGACCUCGAGUCAGUCUGGGCCCGACACCAGCGACCCGUGAGCGGAGCACAUGGACACGGCGGGCGGGCGGUGGGCCGGCGCCAGAAGCGGGAGGGUCCGGUGCUGCAGGCGGCUGAUGUCGCGUGUAACGUUAAGAUUAUUCGUUGCCGGUGGCUGGCCACGCAGGCAUGAGCGUGUUACGGUGAUGAGCCAUGCUUUAAAUGGGGCAAGGUUGUCUUGGUGAGGUUAUUGUCCGAGCCGAAACACUGCGCACAUUCCCUUAAAUGUUGGUGCCAAUGUUGUAAGAAUUUUAUGGUAUCGUUGUCGUUGUUGUACCUUUUCGUAAGAUGAUGACCGACGUACAUGUUUUUCAUUUCUGCUGCACAUACCUACGCAGCAGAUUGAAAACAGCGCGAAAUGCAAAUGGCACGAGGAAAACUUCAUACUUUUUGGCAAAGGUAUGGGGCAUAUAGGUUUUUCAUAGUUUUUUUUCUACAUGUGCGUCGAAAAUGGCAUGCCACAUUUUAGGCUAAACUAUGCUUGCGCAUGCAUGCGUCUAAACUGGGCAUCUCCAGUUCUAGCUGCAAAACCAGUCUUAAAUUAACCCACGAGGCCUGACAUUUUUUAUUCAAAAAGUGAUUCUUGCGAGAGAGAAAAAAAACAACUCCAGGCGACUCGAUGACGACUCGCUGUAAAGAUUUGAGUGGGCUUUACCGAGCUCGGUCGUACUAUUGUAAUCAGCAGUAUUUGUACAAAGCGCUGUGACAGCUCGUGUUGAAGUCUGUUGUACCGAAAUCUAGCAAAAUUACACGACACAUUCUAGUACUGUCCAUUUCAUUCAGAAUGGACCGAGGCCUCGGCGUGCGACACUAAUUUCACGGUGUUCUGUUGUGCUUAAGCCAAGGCGUGGCCAAUUACAGCGCAUCAAAGGGAAAGUCGUAUUCCCGGUCCGUGUCUGAAUGUCGGCCGACGCGCUGUAUGAUGGCGAGUGUUGCUUCACGCGAGACGACCAUGUGGAAACUUUUCCAGAAUUGUAGCGAAGAUGAGAUGCUUUUAUAAUGAUUUUGGGGCUCCAGGAGCGCCGCCUAGUGUAUCGACAGACAUAAUUAGCCAUUCGCUUUCAUCGCUGAAGACAUUUAUGACAGCCUCUUGAUGUGAAACUACAGUUUAAUGUUGAGUCCUCGUUAGUUUUGUUUUCACAAGGACAAAUAUAUGCAAACAUUUC